AUGUUCGUGAUUGAACUGAUCUCGAGUUACAGUGGUCGAUCUGGUGAUGAUACUAACAACAAUGUGCGGUUGGUCACAUCCAAGAGAACUUACAACGUCAAAAUUAGUGAUUUUGCAUUUUAUUCGCUGAAGAUUCGAAAGCUGGCCGAAAUGGACAGAGUACCACAGAAGAUAAAUUUGUCACCAUACGAUGAUGUGGCCGUAAGAACAUUGGUAAACUACAUAAAAGGAGAUGAUCAAAGCAAUAUCGAUAUAUCGUUCUACGCAUUGGCCGAUCUUCUCGAUUUGGCGCGAUCACUCUUCAUCAUCAAUCUGUUGCGACAACUCGAGAACGCAUUGGUUGGUGUCGCAUCUCAAAACACUGCCGGCUUACUUCAAGCGCUGAUAAUCGUUGGUAAGGAACGUCUCAUCAGUGGAGGUUUACUGUCGCGUCGUAAGAUCGAGACGAUCGCCGCAUCGCAAUUUCCUCAAUUGGCACAACAUCGUAAUAUCGGCCAAAUCCCGGCGAUCAUCUUCGCGAACGUGAUAGCCAGAUGUGAUCUGAAUGUGAAGUCGGAGAUGGAGGUGGUCGAUGCGGGACUGAAAUGGAUUUGGCGACAGAAGAAUCGUUUAGCAGCCACUCAGUUGGUCUUCUCGCGAAUUCGUACGGCAUUCUUGUCGCCCGGUGACAAGUCAACGAUACGACAACGUGUCAAAUCACUUCCGGAUGGUGAAAAGGUCAUUCGAUUCGUUCAUUCUACAACAAACAAAAACCGACAAAUCACAAUUUACUUCAAAAUUUCAAGUAUAAACCGUGCUGAUUGCUCAACUUUGAUCAGCAGUACGACUUCAAGUAGUUUUAUCAGAGUUCCUCUAGUCGAUGGCAGCGUUCUUGGGCAAAUGAAGGUUUUCCAGGUGCUACCGUUAGUGGCAUCAAUGUUGUCCAGUUCAAACUGUCGACGAUGUUGCAUGAACAAAGAACACGUAGAUGUGCAUUGCAUUCGCUGUGGUGUACCUCAGCCAUCCGAUGACAAUAAAGUCAACUUUGAUAAACUACCUCUGUAA